AUGCACGCGCUGUCACCUGGCUGGGGGUGGGGAUUCCCUGGCCCAGUUACAUCCGCGCUCGAUUGCUGGUGCCGACGGCCCUGGGGCACGCCACUCCCUUCUUCCACCUCGCGUUGCGAAAAGCGUCGCUCGACCACCUGCAGACCCAUGUACGAGCCAAGACCAGUCACCGAUCCGGUCCUCCCGUGCAAAUACUUUGCUCUCUUCGCCCGGGGGGAAGUGUACUCGACCCCCCAUGACGGCCGCAAUCGGAACUGGGGGCCCGGGAUGGACUACGAUGCGCGGGCCCUGCGCCUGGUGCCCGUCUGGCCGGAGAGACCGACCAUCGUCCACAUCGAGGCCUUGCUGAUCCUGGUAGGGUUGAUGUCGCCCGAUGCCCUGGUUCUCGGCUGA